AUGGCAGCUUCCAAGUUGCCCGGAGUGCCUGAGGACGAGACCACCAUCCUCAUGGCCAAAGAAGAGCUGGAGGCCCUGCGCACUGCCUUUGAGUCUGGAGACAUCCCUCAAGCCGCCUCUCGCCUCCGGGAGCUGCUGGCCAACUCAGAGAGUACCCGGCUGGAGGUGGGCGUCACGGGCGAGUCGGGAGCCGGCAAGUCCUCCCUCAUCAAUGCCCUGCGUGGCCUGGGGGCCGAGGAUCCUGGCGCAGCUCUCACAGGGGUCGUGGAGACCACCAUGCAGCCUUCGCCUUACCCGCACCCACAGUUUCCCGACGUGACCCUGUGGGACCUGCCGGGGGCCGGCUCUCCAGGCUGCUCAGCAGACAAGUACCUGAAGCAGGUGGACUUCGGCCGCUAUGACUUCUUCUUGCUCGUCUCCCCGCGCCGCUGCGGCGCCGUGGAGACCCGCCUGGCCUCCGAGAUCCUGCGCCAGGGGAAGAAGUUCUACUUCGUGCGCACCAAGGUGGACGAGGAUCUGGCGGCCACCCGCAGCCAGCGGCCUUCGGGCUUCAGCGAGGCCGCUGUCCUCCAGGAGAUCCGGGAUCACUGCGCGGAGCGGCUGCGGGCAGCCGGCCUAAACGACCCACGCAUCUUCCUGGUGUCCAACCUGUCGCCAACCCGCUAUGACUUCCCGAUGCUUAUGUCCACCUGGGAGCAUGACCUGCCCGCCCACCGUCGCCACGCUGGCCUGCUCUCCCUGCCUGACAUCUCGCUGGAGGCUCUGCAAAGGAAGAAGGACAUGCUACAAGAGCAGGUGCUUAAGACAGCCCUGGUGUCCGGGGUCAUCCAGGCCCUGCCUGUCCCUGGACUGGCAGCCGCCUACGACGACGCCCUGCUCAUCCGCUCUCUGCGUGGCUACCACCGCAGCUUCGGUCUAGACGACGACUCGUUGGCCAAAUUGGCCGAGCAGGUGGGCAAGCAGGCAGGGGACCUGCGCUCUGUCAUCCGUUCCCCUCUGGCCAAUGAGGUCUCACCAGAAACUGUCCUGCGACUGUACUCGCAGUCCUCGGAUGGUGCCAUGCGUGUGGCCCGUGCCUUCGAGCGGGGCAUCCCUGUGUUCGGAACGCUGGUGGCCGGGGGCAUCAGCUUCGGCACGGUCUACACCAUGCUCCAGGGCUGUCUCAAUGAGAUGGCUGAGGACGCCCAACGCGUCCGCAUCAAGGCCCUGGAGGAAGAUGAGCCCCAGGCCGAGGUGAGCUUGGAGGCGUCUGGUGACUGCGGUGUGGAAAAGCGGGUGUCCGCGGAGGGAACCAGCGAGGAAGCCCCGCUGUCCACUCGCAGGAAGCUCGGUCUCCUCCUCAAGUACAUUCUUGACAGCUGGAAGAGGCGCGAUUUGUCAGAAGACAAAUGA